AUGGGAAAGAAGAAAGAAGAUGUGGUAGAAAAAUUGACCCAAGAAGAAACUGUUCAAAGGAAAUUGAAAUUUCAGAAAUGGUCACUGAUUACCAAAGUCAAAACAAUGUGUGUGGUAAUUUUGAUAAUACAGCUUACAAGUAAUAAUGGUGAAGUAGUGAAUGCAAAUAUGGCUUCAAUAGUAGGAUCUUCCGCUUUCAACGAUUGUCCACUUCCGUAUGAGAAACUAAGCUCCAAAGGUGGAUGUACCACCCUACACAGCGAAAAGUCACUGGUUUUGCUCACAGGUGGAGAAGAACAUACUACUAUCUAUCAGAGUUUGCUGGGCGAAGGAGUGAACACAGAACCGUUAUACACAAAAGCAAUACAAAACUUAGUUGGCAAAUAUGGAAAAACAUUUACUUGGGAUAUUAAAAGCAAAAUGAUGGGUCUUCAUCAUAGCGAAGGAGCAAAAUACAUAGUCAAAGCCCUCGAUUUGCCUUUGACAUGGGAGGAAUACGACGAAUCCAUUCAAGAAGAGUACAACAUUGUUCUAGCAAAUCCCGAUAUUUUUCCCGGUGCAAAGAAAUUAGUAGAUCACCUUUCCAAGCACAAGAUUCCUAUAGCAGUAGCUACUUCGUCGUCAAUGGACAGUUUUAAAUUGAAAUCGGCAAAUCACAAAGAGUUUUUCAAGCUUUUCGAUCAUAUAGUUUGUGGCGGCUCCGAUCCGGAAGUGAAACAUGGAAAACCUGCUCCUGAUAUAUUUUUAGUAGCAGCAGAAAGGUUUCCAUCCAAACCGAAUGCGGAAAAUUGUCUAGUGUUUGAGGAUGCACCGAAUGGCGUUAAAGCAGCUGUAAGUGCGGGCAUGCAAGUGGUUAUGGUGCCAGAUGAGAAUAUUGCCGAGGAUCAACGCAAAGGUGCAACUGUGGUAGUGUCCUCGCUGGAUUUAACACCUUUAGAGAAAUUUGGCCUUCCGUCUCUCAAAGAAACAUGAUAUUGGUGGAUCGAAUUUAAUUUUGUGUAUACCUUUAUAUUAUAUUAGAAGAAUAUAUACAUAGUUAAGCAUUA